CUUUAGUUCGUACAUGACUCUGCGGCUUUGACAAAAACAAUUCAUUUUCAUACGCAAAAUAUUUCUCUGUUUGAAACAGUCGUGUCGUAUAAUUUAUAAAUAAAAAUAAAUAUGCCUACCGAAAACCUUGAAGAACAGGGUCUGGAGAAGAACCCCAACUUGGAGCUGGCACAAACAAAGUUCCUGCUAACGCUGGCCGAGCACAAACAAGAUGCUGCCCUCAAGUCAAAAUUGCUAGACGCCAUACGAGCCGAUAAUAUGGCUCCGUGGUACGAGCAUAUUUGCACCGAGCUGAACUGGAAUACGGACAAAGACCUACUGGCAAGAAUGCGCGAGCAGAAUCGCAUUGACAUCGAGCAGUUGGAUGCCGCCAUCGAGGAUGCAGAGAAGAAUCUGGGCGAGAUGGAAGUGCGUGAGGCCAACCUCAAGAAAUCAGAGUAUUUGUGUCGCAUUGGCGAUAAGGCAGCUGCCGAGACCGCCUUUCGCAAAACCUAUGAGAAGACUGUGUCAUUGGGUCAUCGCCUGGACAUUGUCUUCCAUCUGAUUCGCUUGGGACUCUUCUACUUGGAUCAUGAUUUGAUAACUCGCAAUAUCGACAAGGCAAAGUAUCUGAUCGAGGAGGGCGGCGACUGGGAUCGUCGUAAUCGUCUCAAGGUCUAUCAGGGCAUCUAUUCUGUGGCUGUGCGCGACUUUAAGGCAGCUGCCACUUUCUUCCUGGACACCGUCAGCACCUUCACCUCGUACGAAUUGAUGGAUUACCCUACAUUUGUGCGUUAUACCGUGUAUGUGUCCAUGAUUGCGUUGCCGCGCAACGAACUGCGCGAAAAGGUAGUCAAAGGUUCGGAAAUACAGGAAGUUCUGCAUGGCUUGCCCGAUGUGAAGCAGUUUUUGUUCUCGCUCUUCAACUGUCAGUACGAACAGUUCUAUGUGCACUUGGCCCAGGUGGAGAAGCAGCUGCGCUCGGAUUAUCUUGUUCAUCCCCAUUACCGUUAUUAUGUGCGUGAAAUGCGCAUUCUGGGUUACACCCAGCUGCUGGAAUCAUAUCGCUCGCUCACUUUGCAGUACAUGGCGGAGGCAUUUGGCGUCACUGUAGACUACAUUGACCAGGAGUUGGCACGUUUCAUUGCGGCUGGCCGUUUGCAUGCCAAGGUGGAUCGCGUGGGCGGCAUUGUGGAGACGAAUCGACCCGACAACAAGAACUGGCAGUAUCAGGCGACCAUUAAGCAGGGUGAUCUAUUGCUUAAUCGCAUCCAGAAGCUCAGCCGUGUUAUAAAUAUUUAAGGAGCACACAUAGAACAUAGAACACACUCACACCCAAGAACAUAAAAAUUUAUUAAAAAAUUCAAGUAAUUACAUUGUAAAACUAACAUUACAUAAAACGAUAUAAUUGUCUUUAA